AUGAAGGUUCCAGCAAAGCCAAUCGACAGCUGGUCAAGAGGAAUCCGUCGUCAUUUUCUGGUGGAAUCGACCUUCGAAUCUCUUCAACAAGCACUUUCACUUAAAAUGGAAGCGACUGUGAAGCGUGACCUUUCCUCUUUCACCUCGGCCUCGGGUCCAAACGUCGGGCUUCAGAGCCAAAACGGCGGCGGUGACAUGCAGGGCGACCAGAGCGAAGGGUUGACUUCCACCUCAGCUUUCGUCUCUUCGUCAUCUGCUUCGGUCGCUUCGCCGAGCGGACCGAUCAGUUUGGCCGACUGGCUGAGCGCCAAUCGGCUGCCUGAUUCGGCCACUCUGGGCGCUGUCUUCAACAACUAUCGUCAUGGUAACGCCGACGGUAGCGAGGCAAAUGGCCCGGCCGGUCUGGCGGAGGACAGAGCUGUUGGCCGCCGAGUUGGCUCGUUGAGCUUCGAGGCAGCAUUGGCCGGACUGACGGUGGACGAGACCGAGGCCCGAUCGGGCGAGUCAAGACAAAAAGAGGCGCUUCAUUGUCUUUUAGGUGAAUACAGGCUUGUCGGUCUGUCUAUAUCCUUAUCCUUUGUAGAUCCUUAUGUUGGCGUCUGUUUCACCAGCGCUGUUUCCGCUUCUACA